AUGUGCAAUCCAAACACCUCCCAAACUCUCAUUGAUCAUCAAGAUCACAAACACUUCACGGUGGCGCCACCGCAACAAGCCCACCUCUAUCUUGAUCUAAUAUCCUUCAAUCCCCAAAAAACCACCAAAGAAAAACCAUCCCUAGUGCUAACUCCCUCAGAGAUUUUAAACGAAACUAAACAACUCUUCAGCCUUGCUUUUCCUAUAGCAUUAACUGCACUUAUUUUCUAUUCUCGCUCUGUACUUUCGAUGCUUUUUCUAGGCCACCUUGGUGACACUGAACUGGCAGCAGGCUCUUUAGCCAUAGCCUUCGCUAAUAUAACCGGUUAUUCAGUGCUAUCGGGUCUUGCACUAGGAAUGGAACCACUUUGCUCGCAAGCCUUCGGCGCUCAAAGACCCAAGCUCCUUUCUUUAACAUUGCAAAGGUCUAUUAUUUUUCUUCUGGUUUCUUCUAUACCAAUUACAUUUCUUUGGAUCAAUAUUUCCAAGAUUCUUCUGUGUUUACAUCAAGAUCCCAACAUCACACGCUUGGCUUGCACGUAUCUUCUUUUUUCACUUCCUGAUCUCAUAACCAAUUCGUUUGUUCAUCCCAUACGGAUUUACCUUCGGGCGCAAGGUAUCACUCAGCCGCUCACAAUGGCUUCACUUGCUGGAACAGCUGUGCAUUUGCCCAUCAAUUACUUGUUCGUUUUCCGGCUCAAGUUUGGCGUGGCUGGUGUUGCAGCUGCCUCAGCCGCUUCAAAUGUUAUCGUGUUAUUGACGGUUAUUUUUUACGUCUGGGCUCGUGGAUUGCACUUGCCAACAUGGACGAAGCCGAGUUGGAAGUGUUUGACUGGCUGGGCUCCGCUUGUUCAGCUGGCUGGGCCGAGCUGUGUUUCGGUUUGUCUAGAGUGGUGGUGGUAUGAGAUUAUGAUUGUGUUGUGUGGACUUUUAGUGGACCCCAAGGCAACCGUGGCAUCCAUGGGCAUUUUGAUUCAAACUACAUCUUUGCUUUACGUGUUUCCCUCAUCACUCGGGUUUGCAGUGUCGACUCGGGUUGGAAAUGAACUCGGUGCCAACCAGCCUGACAAAGCUCGGGUCUCGGCAAUUGUGUCAAUCUUCGUAGCUUGUUUAAUGGGCUUAUCUGCUAUGAUGUUUGCAAUAUUGGUUAGAAAUUUGUGGGCUCGAAUGUUCACGGAUGAUCUCAACAUUAUACGGUUGACAUCUGCUGCUCUGCCAAUCCUAGGGUUAUGUGAGCUCGGGAACUGUCCACAGACUAUUGGAUGUGGGAUCCUACGUGGGACAGCCCGACCAUCGACCGCGGCUAAUGUGAACCUUGGUGCAUUCUAUCUAGUUGGGAUGCCGGUGGCAAUUGGGCUGGGUUUCUUGCUUGGUGUUGGAUUUUGUGGACUUUGGAUUGGACUGCUAUCUGCCCAAGUUUGUUGUGCUGGUCUAAUGUUAUAUGUGGUUGGGACAACAAACUGGGAGUACCAAGCAACGAGGGCUCAGGUGCUUACGUGUAUAGGAUGUGGUGAAACAGCAUUGCCUAGUGAAUCUGAUCAUGAGAAUGAUAGGGAGCCCUUGAUCUGUGUUACAGUGACAUCAUGCUGA